UCGUUACAAAUUAAACUAAUUGUGUCACUCAAGAGAUUGAAGAAACUACAAAAAAGAGAAAUCAUGUCCGAUAAAGAAGCCCUCAGGAAGAUCUCAUCCCGAACAGAUCCUAUACAUGCUAUCACCAGUGAGCAGAUACAGAAGUUGACCCGUUGGAGGAGCAGUAACUCGGUGGGGGAUAGACCAACCAGGAGGAUUAGUCAGACUAAACAGAGGAGUAACAGAGCCAAACAGUGGAACUUGGCAAAGGGGGUAUCAGCUAAUGGUAAACCUGGUAACGGCGCCAACUCCCACAGAAACAAAACGAGACCCAUGGAGACGACAGACACAGAAAUACACGAGUUAUUUCAACUUAUGGACGUCAACAAGGAUCAGAAGCUAGCACCAAAGGAGUUGGAUUGUGUUUUGAGAGCACUGGGAAUCAACGCAACUGAGGCUGAUCUUAUUGAGUUUAUAGGGGAACUCCCAACUGUUGAAGAGGGUGUGGACAAGGACUGUGUUACAUACGAACAGUUUGCUGAGAGUAUCAAGAAGAACAUGGCACUCACCAACGAGACUGACUCCCUUCAGGUGACAUUUAAUGCGUUUGAUCAUGCCGGGGACGGGUUUAUUGACACUGACAAGUUAAAGUCAGUUCUAUCCAAUCUAGGACUACAGUUUCAGGACGCAGAUAUACAGAACAUUAUACAUCAAGUCGGAUCUGAAGGGAGGAUAUCAUUGGACGACUUCCAGAGAUUUAUGCUCAAUAGUGACGAUAUCAUAUGAGGGAAAAUGUCUAACAAAACAAGGAUUGUUACGGGGGAAAUUAAGGGAUUGAAGAUCUAAUGACUGCUGACUUUCAUAAAAUACA